AUGAUCUCAGAUAUGAGGUCAAAUAUGAGAAAGUUCAUCUCUGGAUUAGAGAGGCAUAUGAAGAAGGAAUGCAAAGCAGCAUUGUUGAUCUCAGACAUGGAUAUUUCGAGAUUAAUGGUGUAUAGGCCUCCCAACUAUGCCUCACCCACCGCCAGUGCACCUAUACCGCAAAAUAGGUAUGAUCGGCAAGGACAGAGUCGCCAGGAUUUCAGGUCCCAGGGUUUGCAAUCCCAAUCUAGCGUGGGCACCGGUGGAGGUACCAACCGUUUAUAUGCUAUGGGUAGUCGCCAAGAUCAAGAGAACUCUCCAAACGUUGUGACAGGUAAUAUUCAAGUCUCUUCUCUUGAUUGUUAUGUUAAAUUCAAUAAAAUUCCCGAAUGUCUUCUUGAGCCUUUUAGUGUAGCUACCUCUAUUGAUUGUAGAACUCAGAUUGUCACAUUCAAAUUCCCAAACGAAGUUGUUAUAGAGUGGAGGGACAGUCCGGUUAUGCCUAAGAGUAAGUUUAUUUCUUACCUUAGGGCCAGGAAGCGAAACUACAGGCAGCUGAAUAAGGUCACCGUAAAGAACAAAGACCCUCUCCCCAGAAUAGAUGACUUAUUCGAUCAACUUCAGGGUGCCAUUUGUUUCUCAAAGAUAGACUUGAGAUCCGACUACCACCAGUUGAAGGUGAGAGAAUGUGAUAUUCCGAAGACUGUUUUCCGUACUCGUUAUGGCCAUUUCGAAUUUUUGGUCAUGUCCUUUGGGUUGACUAAUGCCCCCACCGCUUUUAUGGAUCUCAUGAACCGAGUAUUCAAACCAUAUCUUGAUAUGUUUGUGAUUGUAUUCAUAUAUGAUAUUCUAGUCUACUCCAAGAAUGAAGAGGAGCACGCGUAUCAUCUUAGAGUUGUUUUACAAACUUUGAGAGACCAGGUACUGUAUGCAAAGUUCUCCAAAUGUGAAUUUUGGCUUGCAUCAGUGGCCUUCCUAGGCCACAUUGUAUCUGGAGAUGGUAUUCAGGUUGAUGCUCAGAAAAUUAAAGCUGUGAAGAAUUGGCCUAGACCCACAUCCCCGACAGAGAUAAGGAGCUUCCUGGGUUUGGCCAGGUAUUAUCGAAGGUUUGUAGAGGGAUUCUCAUCCAUAUCAUCACUAUUGACUAAGAUGACCCAAAAGAAGGCUAAGUUCCAAUGGUCCGAUGCUUGUGAGGAGAGUUUCCAGAAACUGAAGGACAAGCUAACCACUGCUCCUGUGUUGACUCUGCCCGAUGGGACAGAGGGCUUUUGUAAAGCUAAUGUUGUUGCUGAUGCUCUUAACAGGUUGUCUAUGGGUAGCACUGCCCAUGUAGAGGAGGGAAGGAGGGAAUUAGCGAAGAAAGGAAAUUGGGAUGAUCACUUACCUCUCAUAGAGUUUGCAUACAAUAAUAGCUAUUAUGCAAGCAUUCAAAUGUCUCCUUAUGAAGCUUUGUAUGGGAGGAGGUGUAGAUCGCCCAUUGGGUGGUUUGAAGUUAGUGAAGCCGAGCUGAUUGGGCCUGACCUUGUUCACCAAGCCAUGGAGAAGGUGAGAUUUAUUCAAGAUAGGCUAAAGAUAGCCCAAAGCCGCCAAAAUUCUUACACUGAUGUGAAGAGGAAAGACUUAGAGUUUGAGGAGGGUGAGCUCACAGUCUUUGCUCAACCUAUCACACAACAUACUGAAACAUUUUCUACUGUUGUUGAGGUUGGUACAAAUUGUGAACACAGUAUUGAUUCUGAUUGUGAAUGGGAUCUUUCUGAGGGUGAGGAAUAUAAUAAUGAGUGGAUGGAGGCUAUUAGCAAGGAAAAGAGAAAAAUAGUAGGUGAUAGGUUGAAAAAAUACAAGGAAUUGCAAGUUGGAAUAUCAUUUAAGGAUAUGAAAGAAGGUAGACAGGUUGUGAAUUUUUAUGCAUUAGCUAACAAAAGGGAUUUGACUAUAAUCAAGUGUGACUCAAAGAGAAUUAGGUAUGGUUGUGAAGAGGGGUGUCCCUUUAGGUGUUUGAUUUCAAGAGAUGAUAAGACUGAAGGAUUUAAGAUAAAGACUCUCAUGAAUAAACACACAUGUGAAGAUGCCUUUUUUAAUCUUAGAGCUGAUUCAGCCACAUUAGCUCAAUACUUCAAGAAUAAGCUUCAAAAUAAUUCCAAGUACAAGGUAAAAGAUAUGAGAGCAGAACUUGAAAAUGAUUUUAAGUUGAAUGUGUCUCAAUCCAUGCUUAAAAGGACUAAGUGUAUGAUUCUUGAGAAGUUGGAAGGUAGUUAUAUAGAUGACUACAACAAGCUUGAGGCCUAUGCCCAAGAGAUUAAACAGUCUAAUCCAGGAAGUGAUGUUUUGAUAAAUAUCUCCAAGGAUGCCCUAGCUGAAGGAAAAAGAAAGUUUUUGAGGAUGUACAUGUGUUUUGAUACUCUAAAAAAGGCUGGAAAUCUGAUUUGGGGCCAUUAA